GGGGAGAGAGAGAGAGAGUUUAGGACCUCGUUUGAUUCGAAAAUUUACCUGUUCGUCCCACCACAUUCUCCCGUUGUAGUGAUGCUUUAGAAAAGACUUUGACUUCCGGGAUAUGGCCAAGGCGCGCACCAAUUAGACGUCUACCUCUCUCUGUCUCUCUCCCUCCCCGCUCUCUCUCUUCCGGUCGAUGGAUGCGUCUGCAGCGGCUCCUAGUAUGAUCACGGAUUGGAAGGUUUUGUGAAGGUUAUUUUCCGGUUUAAGGGAUAUAUGUAGUGACUGCUACUUUAAGGUGACUUCUUUUUCCAACAUUUAGGUGAUUCUUGCUCAGUCAAACCGGAUUCCUUGUAGUACGGGUGUUAUACUCUGGUUUCAUCAUGGACCAGUCAGGACAGCAGCAACAGCAGCCUGUUAUGGGUGUUGUGAGUGGAGCUCCUCAAAUGGCAUAUGCAGCUUCUCCUUAUCAACCUGCUCCAAUCGUGGCGCCUGGUGGUGGUUCCAUUGUUGGAGCUGUGCCAGCACCUACACAACCGGCAGCACCGUUUGCUGCUUCCCCUGCUCAGCUUGCUGCCCAACAUCAACUUUACCAGCAUCUUCAUCAUCAACAGCAGCAGCAGCAGCAGCAGCAACUCCAAGCAUUUUGGGCGAAUCAGGUCCGGGAUAUUGAACAGACAACCGAUUUUAAGAAUCACAGCCUGCCACUGGCGAGGAUCAAGAAGAUAAUGAAGGCUGACGAGGAUGUUAGGAUGAUUUCAGCUGAGGCACCUGUAAUAUUUGCCAAGGCUUGUGAAAUGUUCAUUUUGGAAUUGACAUUGCGAUCAUGGAUUCACACCGAGGAGAACAAACGGAGAACCCUGCAGAAAAACGACAUAGCUGCAGCCAUAACUAGGACAGAUAUCUUUGACUUCCUUGUUGACAUUGUACCGAGGGAUGAAUUGAAAGAAGAAGGGCUUGGCAUCCCGAGGGCUGCUUUACCUGCAGUAGGAAUGCAGCCAGAUGCCAUUCCAUAUUACUAUAUGCCUCCGCAGGCAAUGCCUCAGGUAGGGGCUCCUGGAAUGAUGGUUGGUAAGCCAGUCGAUCAGUCAGCACUCUAUCAACAGGCGCGUCCUGUUGCUUACAUGCCUUGGCAGCAGCAGCAGCAGCAACCAGCCCAAGCACAACAGCAACAGUCUCAGCAGCAGCAACAACAGCAGGCAGCAGACAAUGCCUGAGUUUGUCAAUUUCUGCUGGACAUGUUGAAUUAAUUUGGAAUCGAAGUGUCAUAAACUGUAAUUUACUAGAUUGUGUCUGGUGUGCCUUGUGCGAUAAAUCAUGUUACGGUUGUUUGCUCCAUCACUGACAACAAAGAAUUGGGCAGGCGGAGUUCAGGUUAUAUUCUGCACUGUAGUGGCCUCCUGUGAACACCUUGGCUGGGGUGUUAGUUCGAUUUAUGGUAGAUUAUUGUGCGAUGUUGGACUUUUGAAGUGUUCUGUUCACUUUGAAGAGACAGGACGUACUGGUCCAUUUCGAUUAUGUUUGUCCAUCUUUCUUUGAGGGCAGACUCAAUACAGCUGUAAGCAUACAGCUGUAAGCAUAGGUGACAGUAGCCAUAAAAUGCUGUGGGGUGAUUUUAUUCAAAAUUGACCAUUUGAAUGUGAUUUAUUUCGAUUGUGUUCC